AUGAAAGCUUUGCUUUCUUCGGGUGGGACUUUCAUCGAGCACUUGGUGGGCUGAUAAUAACAUGAAGCAACAAUGGCAGUUCAUGUUCGUAAUCCCAGAGAACGACAUCAGACACACGAUCUCAAACGUCGCCGCCGUGAAGACGAGCCAUCCUCGCAGCUUCCGCCAUCUCCUUCAUUCUCUUCCCCGGCGUAUCCUCACCGUCCGUCAGAGAUCUUACGGCUCCCGCGAUCUCCUCAGCUUUCACUACCUCUCUGUUCGCAGCGACGUAAUUCAUACGCAGCUCCAGCUCCAGACAAGCAAAUAGCAAACAGAAACUUAUCUGGCUCGGCUUCCACUGAAUCAUCUUCCUCCUCAUCAACUUCUGAUCGGAUGAGCAACCACUUGAUCUGCCUUGAGAAACACAUGUUCUUCACUGCGUUGUUGGAUCGAGUUCUUGUCUGGUCAGAUGAGCAACUGCUUCGCUCAUACCUUUGGUCUCCAAGCUGUUGUUCAGACACGAGACACGGCAAAGACUUGAUCCUUCAAGCCCCAUCAAGGACAACUUAUUGACGACUUGAGCUCUGUUUUUCAAAGCUUUAUUCUUACUAAAUUGAGCUCCAAAGUCAACAGCUUCUUCUCGCCAUGACUCGCUUUGCGAGAGUGAAGACUGCAACACCUUACAAGGCGUGCUCCAGCUUAAUACUGCCAUGUUAUGUUUCCACUCGGCUUCACAAGAUUGUUCACCGCGCAAAACGCAUUCCAACCCGCCGUUAAGCUUGGCUUCUCGAACAGCAAAGAAUCUGACGAAAUGACAUCAGUCAUCACACCUCCAUUAAAAGCUCUUGCUUCUCUUUGCCGACUUGUUCUGUGGAACACAGAGCUUACCACCAUCUCAGCUCAGACAAGAACGAUCCAUUGAGGCAGAGCUCACCACCAUCUCAGCUCAGACAAGAGCAAUACAUUGAGAUAAGUUUUCCCAAUAUUAACUAAUUAUUAUCAUUAGACCACCUUCUUUAAAACGUCAAAAUGCACGUCUAUUGAUAGUUUGGCAGCUAAUUGCUUUAUUAAAAUUAUUGGGAAAGUUAAUGGAUUAUGGUAGUCAUACGUAAACCCUUGUCCCUUGCUAGGAAAAAUUAAUAUGCUAGCAGCAAGGAAAAAUAAAUAUGCUAGCCCGAGUAUCAAGUCAUAAAGCAUAUCAACUCUUACAUUUUUUUUUGUGAGUUGCAAGGUCUAAUUAUUAAUGGGGUUUAAAUUUUAUUUGUGAAGAUUAUCUCUUUGGUGACUCGAUCUCGGCGACCAUGAUUCAGUCUUGAUACAUUCAGUUUGAUUCCGGCGAGAGCGGAGAUGAUGAGCCAACCACCUCAUCCCCUCAUCACCUCGUCAUUUGUUUCACAGGGUCGACGGCGUCUCGUUCUUGUGAAUGAUGCACUCAUCAAACAUUGUGCUUCUUUAUGCUCCAUCAACACCGAUGAGCCCGAGCCCGACCUCACAAAUGAACGUCAUCGCAGCCUGACGAACAUACAAGCCAACAACUUGCUCGGCACACACGAUCUCAACACGAGACUUCGGGUCGGCAAUAGUUCGGUGUGGUUUGUCAUAUUAGGAGGAUUCCAUCAGGAAGAUUUGAGGAGCAAUAGAGAUUUUGUCUCUGUUCUGCAACUAUAUGUGUUCCUAUGGUUCAUCUUCACUAAAGCUGGAAAGAUAAUAUACAGUGAGAAAGGCACUAUGUUGGCAGUUGAGCUCUUAAAGAAUCAUGUCGUUCUUCUAACAUGGAGCUGCAAACAACCUUUGAAUGGAAUCCCUAAUUCCCUAGAUCAGAUUUCUUGUCAAUGGAGAUUUUUAAUGAAGCACUAGAUUGAAUUACUGGAAACAAGAAGGAAAGGACAUAAAUUGCUCAUAAACAUGUUAGGAAUUAGAGAAAAUACAAGAAAAUCCUAAGAGCAAGAAAAAAUGUAGUUAAGAAAGCUUCAAAUUAGUAUUUGCCUUGGACAAAGUAAUUUAUAUCAGUAUUGAACUUAAAACGAUCGAAAGUAAUAUUUAUGUUUAUUUUUAUUUUGUUUUGCUACGUUUUAUAUAUGUAAAUGAUGUGUGUAAUAUAUAGUUUUUUAACAGUUUA